GACCCGUCCUUGCUUCUCAUCCCCUCCAUUCUCCUCUCCUUCUCCGGUCGUCCUAUGAAUCGGCAGGUGUAUGCGUGUGCAAAUUGAUUCUGGUCGGCCACGAACCCGCUACCACACCUACCAAUGCAGACCGUCUUCACCAUCACACUCAGCGAAGGUUUAUGGUGUCUGAUGGUCACUAGCCGUCAGAUAGGGAGCCGGGGUUAAAAUAUUCUGCGGCGCAAUGAGCCAGACUACUUCCCUUCUCUCACCGUCACCUUCCUCGUCUAUCGUACGGCCGGCCGUCGAGUUGACCCCAGUCGUCGAGGAGCUGAGAACUAUCGCCAGUGGGCAUGCGAUCGACUCUCAGCUAGCACUUUCGGCAACCGAAUGUUUGCUCCGUCUCCGCCACACAUUUAUCGAUGACGACCAUCCACGAGAGGCUAAGGAGGACUUUCGACACCUGCAAGGGUUUCAUUGUCUGAUCAACCUCCUCUGGAAGAUUGCGGAGUUAUAUGAUCCAGAACAAGUUUCGCAAGAUCAGAGGAAGUCACUAUUGGCACUCUUCAAGGAUACAUUGGCGGUGUUGGCAGAAGCAUUGAAGGACCAUUAUGGAAACAAGCGACACUUUGCGACUCGGAUCUCUGGAGGAGGACGAGCAACCUUGGAGGACAUAUUCGCGACCAUAGCGAAGAAGGCAGAUGGCGUGCGGGGUGACACAGAGCAAAUUUAUAGCGGAAUUCUGGCAGCGGCUCUUUGCCAGGAGGCGGUCUCUAGUAUCUUCACAACGUUAGAGACAAAAUUGCGAUCGGCCUCCGAACUACUACCUGAUCAGAUCCGGUCAGAAGUGGAUCGAUGCGUAGGACAGUCUGAGACCGUUGAAGUACCUGAAUUGCUGGAACCUUUUAUCCGUGUAUGGCUGCGCCAGACGUCAGCCUCACCGUCUGACCACAACGUCCAGAAACUUGCUGUUCCUGCAUGCCUGUCUCAGCUGGCCUCUCAGUCCCAGCGGAAUAUCACCACAUUACACAAUGCCGGAGCACUGUCUUUGAUUCUUCCUCUCCUUUUCAGUGACGAGCUCUCAGAAUCGGAGAGGCUGUUAUAUCAGGAAUUAGGACAGUUAUUAUGCGCUCAAGGUGUCGGCAAGCUAGACGAUGCAGUGUACCUCUAUAAGAGGGCACAUGACUGCCCCAAAGUUCUACAUUUCCUGGUGGAUGUUCUCAAACGCUCGAAAGGGCCCCCUUUCAUACAGUUUGAUCUGUCAUUGCAUGGCUUCUGCUCGAUAGAGUUCUCUACCAUGGGUCGCUCGUUCCCCCCGGCAACUUCGUCUGGUUACACUUUGUCAGUAUGGGCGCGUUUCGAUCAAUUUGACUCGAACACACACACCACAAUAUUUGGGGCAUUUGACCCCACGCAGACCUGCUUCUUGCUGGCCUAUCUUGAAAAGGAUACGCGUAACUUCAUCCUGCAGACUUCAAUCAGGGGAGCACGGCCUAGUGUCCGAUUCAAAUCCAUUGCUUUCGAGCCUAACCGAUGGUACCAUAUUUGUGUGGUUCACAAGAAGCCUAGACCACCGUCGUACUCUCGUGCCUCCUUGUUCAUCGAUGGCGAGUUUGUGGAACAGCUGAAGAUAGAAUAUCCGUGCAUGCCUGUCGCAAGUUCCCCAAAUCGGUCGCCACGGGUCCAGGCAUUUCUGGGCACACCUCAGGAUCUAGCAAUGAGGCUGGGAAGAGGGGUAUCUUCCUCUCGAUGGUCUCUGGCUAGUGCUAUUCUCUUCGAAGAAGCUUACAGCGAUGACCUGAUUUCUGUCUUCUAUAAUCUUGGGCCCCGCUAUUACGGCAACUUUCAGGACUGUCUUGGCUCCUUCCAGACCUACAAGGCCUCGGCCUCCUUGAAUUUACGCAACGAGCACUUGCAUCCUGGUAAAGAAGAGCAAUCAGAUAUUGUCACCGCUAUCCGGAAACGCGCUAGUACCCUCAUCCAAGAGAGCUCCAUUAUCAUCAACGUCUCUCCGCUGUCUGUCUUGGACGAUGAUGAUAGCAAUACCGUCGAUGAAACCCGGUUGCUCAAGUCAUUGUCUAAACAAGCCGCACGGAAUCUGCAUCAGAUGACAAAAGCAGGUGGGAAUGCAGUAGCGGUAAAUGGUGCUACUCCUGCUAUAAACGAUGCAUUGACUCAACCCCAUGGCGUGGGUGUGUUGACAGGCGACCCUGUUGUUGCAGUACCACACUCUUUGGACGAUGCAAGUUGGUGUAUUGGCGGCUGCGCGGCGAUACAUCUGAGCCUUCUCCAUGCAGCCGGUACUACGGAAGCAACCCUUUUGGCGGUUGAGGCUAUCUACGAGGCUGUUCAGGACAAUUGGCGUAACAGUGAAGCAAUGGAGAAAGAAAAUGGUUAUGGUAUACUUGCAGCGCUGCUGCGCGAAAAGCUUGUGGUUACUUCUGGGGGGUCCGCAAAGUCAUCGACUGUCUGCUUCAGUCAGGAGGAGCGAUCCGCGUUGACCCUGGAACUUCUUCGUCUGACACUGAAGUUUGUUGGGUACGACUUUGAACAGACCGACCGGUCCAUGAUCACAAAUCCUCUCGCAUACAGAGUGCUGCUUGUCGACCUGGAGAUCUGGAGGUUCGGCGAUAUUCAAUUACUUGAACUCUACUAUGCCCAGUUCCGUGUCUUCGCCAGCGAAAGCCAGUUUCGUCGUUUUAAUGCGAAACGACUUGCUAGAAUGCGUGUCAACAAGAAAUUGCUCGAAGCCCUUAAGGGGGAGGAUUUUACCCACGAAGCAUUGGCCCUUUUCAUUCCUGCCUUUCAAUCUCUGAUGGAGAGCUGCUUAUCAGCAGAUCUGCUUCGCUCACUAGCUCUGUUUAUCACUUAUGCCAUACACAAGCCUCGGGAACCCAUGAGGCUUCAGAAAAAGAGGAGCAUGCGCUUUAAUACGGGCGUGCGGCAACAGCAGGUCCUCAAUAACAAUGUGGCAUACGUGCCUAGCCCUACAAUCGCCGCAGAAAUGCUUCGCAUGUACUGUUCUAUGCUCUGCAACGCAAAUGACCUUGGUCCAAUCAGGAAAUUUGCUAGGGCUGUGACAAACAAGUGGUUGUUGUACCUCUUGUGCGAGGACGACCCUGAGAUCGUGGUGUCGGCGCUCCGAAUUAUCGCUCGCCUCCUUAUCACUCAUGGAGGUAGUUACUGUAAAAAGUUCACCGAUAAGACAGGGGGCUACGUUCUCAUGCGCCAUUACUUGAAGAGAUGGUGGCACAUACCUGCCAUCUGGUCACUUUGCUUUGCCAUAUUCUUUGGUCAAGACGUCGGCAAAAUGAACAUUGAUAGAUCAUUUGACAAAGACGGCUUAAUGGAAACGUUUUCAGCGGGCACUCCAUUGCAAAUAACGUUUCCUGAGAUAUUUCCUGUCAUUACUGAGUUGAUGCAGAUCUCCAUGGAGCAAACAGUGUCCGCAGACAGCUCUUCGGGACCAAGCACAAAGUCUGGCGAAGGGCCUGAGAACGGUUUGACAAACACGACCCGCCCCUCGGUGUUGGCCCAUAAGAGUGCAACUACCACAGCUGAGAAGAUCCUGCUUCUGAAAGCCGUUAUUGAUUUUCUUUCGAAUCUUCAAGAGAAAUCACAGAACUUUCGUGAUUUCACAACACAACCGGAAUAUGCUCGAUGUCUACUAUUGGCGCUGUUUCCAGUGGUGACUGGUUCAGCCCCGGAAAGCGCAGAUGUUGAAAUACAUCCUCGUGCAAAUAGCCUUGGCUUCGGCGACCAUAAUCUAGUCAUGCGUCCACGCUCUAGAGGUGUCAGCGAGCUACGGACAACAACGGUGGAGCAACCAGGGAGCCGCGAUGGUCUUGGUAGGUCACUCGGCCGAACAUCGUCCUUCAUUCUUGUUUCAUCCGACAAGGGCAAACACAUGCCGUCUUCUGCACGUAUAGCCCACGCGUGCAGCCCGAAGGAAAUUGAACUUAAAGGCGUCAUGGAGCAUUCCUCGGUCAUCGGUGUGCUCGAUUUGAUCAUUCCGGUUUUCUUUGCGCAGAUCAUGGAGAAGAAAGACUUCUCUGGUCUUGGUAUAUACUCGAAGUCCCCUCCUGGGUCCACCGAGCAUCGAGCACACUUCAAUUCUUGGGUGAUGGCACAUCUUCUUUCUACUCUCAAGAAACAUUUUGUUACGAGGCCCGAAGAUUUGGCCGAGCCGCGCGUUCUAACAAACAUCGCCCGGUUCGUGACACAUCUCGGAGAAGCAGUCUUCGAAGGUUGGUUUAUCGAUGGAAUAAUCACGACUCUUGAGUUCGCAGGGACGAUCUUAGAGUACCUCCAAAGGCCCGAUGUCUCUCGCAUGAAGACCAUCAGGCUAUGUAGCCAGGCGGUUACGACGAUCCGAACGAUUGUUUUUCGCCUAGUCAUUCUUGGGCUAUCCGAAGCCGAAGGUCCAGAUGCACUGAUCUUUUUGAACCACCUGUCUUACUGGCAAGUCGUGCUCUUGUCUGGCGACGCUCGCUCAGACUAUUUGCAAUUGCUAUGCUAUCUGCUUUACACCAAGUUAGACGAUCGAGACGAAAGAGUACGCCAAGCUGUGGCUGGGCUCUUCAGGAUCUUGCUUGUCCAAAAGCCCACUGAUAUGGCUACAAUUCUAAGUCACGCUUCGACCAAUUUGCAGAAGCGGCUUGCUGCAGGCUUUGAGACCGUGGUGGGGAUGGACGAUUCCGAACUUCUGCAGUGGUUCGAUGACCAGAAGGAGGAUCUUCAGUCGGUUUUCUUCGGUGUCAUUUCAAAGCAAUGGGAAGAAUUCGCUCAAGAAGAAAACACAAACAUUGACAGUACUUGGCGGACGCGGGUAGCCAGACGUCAAGACCGGUUGAAGCAGUGGAAACAAGCGGAAGUUCUCGGCGAUGAUGUUACACGCAAACAUGAGGCAACUUUUCCUCAUUGGGCUUCGAACAUCUCAGCGUCCGAAUUUCUGAAGUCUCAACGAGCACUUCAAGAUCAGCAAGACGAUAGUGCAUUCAUGUGGUCAGCCUUCUCCAAGCUAACUAUGGAUCUACGGCGGUAUGGCGGCCUUUUAAGCGAGGACCGGGAGAAGAGAUGGCGUCUCGACCAGACGGAAGGACGUAGUCGCAUGCGACUUCGCCUGAUUCCAGAUGACUCGAGUGAGAGACAGGAUUAUCAGCCCAAGCGGAAAGCAUCGGAGCCGCCAGCUAUCAGAUUAGACACACAGGUUCAGCCGUCUCCUGGCGCCGAGGCACUCGACCUCACUCCCAUGGCUGCGAACAAUGAGGCUGCGGAUGGCAACGUUCAAAGCAUUGGUCCAGAUGGUAGAAACAUGCUGGAAGAAAGCUUUGAGAUGAUCGACGACCCCAAAGCCGAUUUGGAAGACUACGAGGAUAAGAACCGCAAGGUCAUGCGGAGUUUACAUCGCGGAGAUCAAGUGGAAGGCGUGUGCAACAUGUCCCGGAUCAUCGGUCUGGAGGCAUUUGAGGGCCUUUUGAUCCAAGGUAAAGAUCAUAUCUACAUUUUAGACAACUUCUUCCAGAGGUCCGACGGUGAGAUUGUGAACGUCUGGCAAGCGCCAACGGAUGAGCGCGACCCUUACGUCCGCAUGAUCGCCGGCCGAGAAUCAAUGGAACGCAAAGCGCAAGAUCACGAAACGCGAAGCUGGAAAUGGUCUGAUUUAAUCAGCGUUUCCAAGAGGAGAUUCCUGUUCCGUGAUGUCGCCUUGGAGAUUUUCUUCUCAGAUGGCACCAGCUACCUUUUGACACUCAUCUCGUCGCGAGCUCGGGACAGUCUCUUUAGUCAACUCGCCGCCAAAGCUCCUCAGGUUACCGGUAGUGUCGGUCACGCACGCCCUGAGGAUGCUUGGAGAUUCGAAACCCUCAGAAGUCAAGAGGAUGCACCACAAACACUCGGUUCGAAGUUCGCUAGUGUCUUCGGACAUUCCCCGGUUUAUCCAGCAACGCGCAAGUGGGCGAAGGGGGAGAUUUCCAACUUCCAUUACCUGAUGCUAAUAAACACACUAGCCGGGAGAACGUUCAACGAUCUCACGCAAUACCCAGUGUUCCCUUGGGUGCUCGCGGAUUACACCAGUGAGGAACUGGACUUAACCAAUCCCCUAACGUUCCGCGACCUUUCCAAACCCAUGGGGUGUCAGACAUCAGAACGCGAAGCGGACUUCAGGGAGCGGUACAAGGCCUUUGCUGAGAUGGCAGACGAGAAUUCGCCGCCGUUCCACUACGGCACUCAUUACUCUUCCGCCAUGAUCGUCAGCUCCUACCUCAUCCGACUGCAGCCAUUCGUCAAGUCGUAUCUGCUGCUCCAAGGGGGUACAUUUGAUCAUGCUGACCGCUUAUUCUAUUCAAUAGGAAAAGCUUGGGAGUCUGCUUCACGCGGUAACAUGUCCGAUGUGCGAGAGCUCAUUCCAGAGUUCUUCUACCUUCCGGAGUUCCUCACCAACUCAAACAAGUUUGAUUUCGGAUUUCUUCAGAAUAUGACAACUGCCAUUGACUCGGUGGAAUUGCCCCCGUGGGCGAAGGGUGACCCUAAGAUCUUCAUUGCAAAGCAUCGAGAAGCUCUCGAAAGCCCCUACGUCACGCAGAACCUACACCAUUGGAUCGACCUGGUGUUUGGCUGCAAGCAGAAGGGCGAGGCUGCAGUCGAGGCAGUGAAUGUCUUUCACCACCUCUCCUAUCAAGGCGCCAAAGACAUCGAUGCCAUUGAAGACCCUGUCGAACGACUCGCUACCAUCGGGAUCAUUCAUAACUUUGGCCAAACACCUCAUCAGAUCUUCAGCCGACCACAUCCACAGAGAGAAGAUCCAGGCCAGAAGACGUCACGGUUGGACCGAUUGGCCGAGUCGCUGACUCAGCUCCCUCUUGCUCUUCUUGAUAUCGGCGAGCAGGUCUCUUCAUUAUCGAUGAGGCAAGACCGACUACUAUGCGCGGCUGCUCUACGGUUGAAUAUCCCUCCCAGCUACGACAAAUACAUGGAAUGGGGCUUCUUUGAUGGCAGCGUCAGGUUCUACUCUGCCGAUCACCGCAAGCUUCUUGGCCAUUUCGAGCACAUCCAUGCGGGCCAGCUGUCGUGCGCAUUGUUCGCCGACUCUAGGACGUUGGUGACGGCAGGAACAGACUGCACCGUCUCGAUCUGGACUUUCACCUCGUCGGCCAAAAGUGUAGACCUACAGCCAUCCGGGUCAUUGUUCGGGCAUCGUUCUCCGGUCACCGUACUUGCGGUGUCCUGGUCAUUCAGUGCGCUUCUGUCAGCCUCGACUGAUGGGCAGAUCAUGCUAUGGGAUCUCAACCGGCAGUGUUUUGUUCGAGAGCUGCCGGCAAACGGACCUGUUGAUUGUGCUAAAAUCAACGACGUUACCGGCGAGAUCAUGAUAUGCCGGGGCGAUCGUCUCAGUCUGUACAGUCUCAAUGGAGCCUUGUUACUUGAGCAGGUGGUAGGCGACUCUGCUGACGACCAAGUCAUGACUUGCGUCUUCUACGAGGGAGUCAACAAUAUGUGGCAAGAGCGGGAGCUGCUGUUCACGGGGCAUAAACGGGGUGUUGUCAAUAUCUGGAGCAAAAUCGUCCAUCAUGGACGGUUUGAGUUGGAGCUCAUUAGACAGCUACAUCAUGUGGACAACCUCCGUGACAACGGCGCCAACAUCUCGGCAGGUAUCACCAGCAUCCUUGCUUUACCGCAUGUUGUCUAUACCGGUGAUGAGGUUGGUAGAGUGGUGAGUACACACGGAUGUGAUGCGAAGGUCGAUCGUAUGCUGAUUUAUGAUUAGUAUGAAUGGAGCUGUGUUCAACGCCGAUGAUGAGGUUGUGAAAGAAACUCGAUACGCAUUUGGUCGUUGCUAGAAGACUUCAAGGAAAUUUCUAGACGUGCU